AUGGUUGCCCAGAUUGAUAGCCCACCGAUCAUGGUUGCCCAGAUUGAUAGCCCACUGAUCAUGGUUGCCCAGAUUGAUAGCCCACUGAUCAUGGUUGCCCAGAUUGAUAGUCCAUUGAUCAUGGUUGCCAAAAUUGAUAGCCCUCUGAUCAUGGUUGCCCAGAUUGAUAGCCCACUGAUCAUGGUUGCCCAGAUUGAUAGCCCACUGAUCAUGGUUGCCCAGAUUGAUAGCCCUCUGAUCAUGGUUGCCAAAAUUGAUAGCCCACUGAUCAUGGUUGCCCAGAUUGAUAGCCCACUGAUCAUGGUUGCCCAGAUUGAUAGCCCACUGAUCAUGGUUGCCCAGAUUGAUAGCCCACUGAUCAUGGUUGCCCAGAUUGAUAGCCCACUGAUCAUGGUUGCCCAGAUUGAUAGCCCACUGAUCAUGGUUGCCCAGAUUGAUAGCCUACUGAUCAUGGUUGCCCAGAUUGAUAGCCCUCUGAUCAUGGUUGCCCAGAUUGAUAGCCCACUGAUCAUGGUUGCCCAGAUUGAUAGCCAACUGAUCAUGGUUGCCCAGAUUGAUAGCCCACUGAUCAUGGUUGCCCAGAUUGAUAGCCCACUGAUCAUGGUUGCCCAGAUUGAUAGCCCACUGAUCAUGGUUGCCCAGAUUGAUAGCCCACUUAUCAUGGUUGCCUAG